GGUCUUUUCCCCUGGGAUCUUCACUUUCUGGGUUGAAGCAAGUGCCGUCUGCCGUUGCUGCUGAAGAAAAAAUUUGUUUCACCUCUCAAGUUUCUGAGCACCAACCACACUGUUCAUCUCUCCCUGACCAGGAGCACCCCCUGCUGUUGAGGUCUUUGCAUAGAGCCUCCUGGUGACCUUCGGGAAUAACAGGCUGGAGAAAUGGUGACACACAGUCUGACACAGUGUCCCAAGGACGCUUUGACCUUCCAAGACGUGGCCGUGAACUUCACUCCAGAGGAGUGGAUGUGCCUGGACGCCUCUCAGAGGAAGCUCUACAGGGAUGUGAUGUUGGAGACCUACCAGCACCUGCGGGCCGUGGCAGGGCAUUCCAGGGUGAAGCCUGGACUGAUAACCUGGUUGGAAGGAGAAAUCCUGAGGCCAGGGGAGAGAGGCGUGUGUGCAGAAUUCAAACCACAGCUUCAGGAUGUGGCAUGGCUGCAAUUUGAUUUGGGAACAGGAUCACCGAAUACGAGUGAGCUGGGAAGCAGCUGGUCCCAGUGGCAUAUCUUUGUCCUUGUGCAUGGGGACAAAGUCUCAAGUGAAAAAUUAUGCCCUCAGCCUCAUGGGGAGGCCGAAAUAGUUUGGAUGUCUUCUGAGGGUGAUCAGAAUGGAGAGAGCUUCCUACCUCCAAUGAAUCCCUCCCCUGGGAAAAGCUACUCCAAGUAUGUUCCACUCAAUCCAUGGACAAAACCCCCGCCAGUGCGACAGCUCCUGGAUUGUGAGAGAGGAGCACUUUUCAUAGCUAGUCCCUCACGCCAACAGGCCCACAAGCAAAGUAAACAUGAACAGAACCCAUCCAAGUGUGAGAAGUGUGGGGGAGCCUUCCCGUGUUCUGGGCACCAUGAGGUUCCCAUAGAAACCCACAGUGGACAGAAUUCCCAGGAAUGUCAACAGCAAAGACAAACAUUGAGUCAAGUGUCACCCCAGCCUGUCCCUCUGAACGUCCACACAGGAGAGAAGCCAGUUACUUGGAAAGAGUGUGAGCAGGCCAUCAAUCAUUCCUCACACCCUAUAAUACAGAGGACAGUUCAAACUGUAGAGAGACCGUAUGUAUGUAAAGAGGAUGGGAAGGCCUUUACCCAUCCCUCAAGCCUCAGUGUACACAGGAACAUUCAUAGUGAAAAGAAAGCUUAUUUAUGCACUGACUUUGAAAAGGCCUUUCUUCACUUCUCAAGCCUUUCUGCGCAUAGGAAAAUUCGUGUGCGAGACAAAUCUUAUUCGUGUAAGGACUGUGGGCAGGCUUUUGGCUAUUACGUGAGAAAUUUUAUGCACAAAAAAAUGCACAUUGAACAUAAAUUGUAUAUAUGUAAGAAAUGUGGGAAGGCCUUCUCUGAAAAUAACCAACUGAAUAGGCACAGGAAAAUUCACAGUGGAGAGAAACCUCAUCGAUGUCAGACGUGUGGGAAGGCCUUCACUAUUCUCUCACGCCUUACUACGCAUAUGAGAAUUCACAGUGGAGAAAAACCUCAUCAGUGUGAGACUUGUGGGAAAGCGUUCACUUCGAGUUCAGGCCUUGCUAAGCAUGUGAAAGUGCAUAAGUGCAUACCAGAGUGAAACCUUGUGUAUGUAAAGAAUGUGGGAAGGCCUUCUUUUUCCCCUUCAACCUUAGAAAACAUUAUAAAAUUCAUAAAGGGUGACGUGAUCCCCUAAUAAUAAUCUGCAAUGUCAGGACAGGCCUCUGUAGAAGUUUCCUUUAGACAAGGGGCGUAGGGGUGCCACAAGAGUCGUCCAAGAAGUAAAUUAUCCUGGUAGAAUGUAACAGGCUUCCUGUGAUGUCAGAUCUAUAAGAGACAGAUACUUGCCUAUUAUCACCUGGACUCCAGAUGUGCCCUUAUGAACUUCACUUGUAUGUUGACUUGUAAAUGUGGGUCUUGGUAAUGGGAGCCAGAAGGAAGGUGACUGAAGAAGAACUAAUAAACAUAAUAAAACUGUC